AAGUUUUUACAAUUAAAAUAAAUAUCGAUAUUUCGAUAUUCGAUUUUAUGAUACGGAGCCAUCUAUUGGUCAGAUAAAAUGACAUGUUCAGGUUAUGCAUGUAUCGUAUGAAAUUAUUGAUAUUGUUAAUCCAAGAAAGAGAAUGAAUAUAUUUUCAAUUCUACAACCAAUGCAGAGAGUUUUAUCACUUCAUAGAAAUCUUAAUUGUUGGACAGCAGCAAUAACAAAAAAGCAUAGAAAACUAUAUUUAAAUACUUUUCCAGUAUAUCUUGUUUUACCAGAUGGUAGUAGUAUUAACAUUGAUUAUGAAGAACCAAGAAGAAUAAUUAUUCUUCCUCUUAAUCUUAAUGCUCUUUCUGAAGAAGAACGUCAAAUUAGAUUGGGGAAACGUAAAACAAUAGUUAAAACAAAGGUAAUUGAAGAAUACCAAGAUGAUUUUGAUGAAACUCAAUUUUACAAAUAAUAUAUUGCAUUAUAUUAUUUAAAAUAUUAUAGUUUCAUAUAGAAUAAUAUGUAUAAAAUAAAUUAUUCAAUUUUUUAUGUUUUUUUAAUUGUAAAUAAAUAUAAAUUUUAAACUAUCAAAAUAAUCUUUACAUAUCUUUAUAAGUAAACAUUAUAUAUACAUAAGUGUUAUUUAAAUAAAAUGAUAAAUAUAUUUAAAAUCAAUUAUGUAUUAUAUUUCUGUUUAUUAUAAAUAAUACGAAAAGAAUAUAAAUAUAUGUAAUAAAUAAUUUCAAUGCAUUAAAUGUAGCAAAAAUAAUUUUUAAA